UCUAACGGUGGGAGGAGCGCUGAGCCACGUGCUGCCGCAGUCUCAUCGAGUGGAGCUGCAGCGGAGAUGCCGACUUUUGUCCUCAACACGAAUCUGAGUCGCUCCAACAUCCCGGACGUGCUGGGAGAGGAGCUCACCAGUCUACUGUCCAAAGAGCUGGGAAAACCGCAAGAGUACAUAGCAGUGCACAUUGUGCCCGACCAGAUAAUGCACUUUGGCGGAUCCACAGAGCCCUGCGCUCUUGCCACUCUCUCCAGCAUUGGCAAAAUUGGUGCCAAGCAGAACAAACAAUACACGCCCCUGCUGUUCGACCUGGUGAACAAACACCUGCACAUUUCUCCCAAAAGGAUGUACAUCGUCUUCCAAAACCUCGAUGCUUGUGAUGUUGGUUGGAAUAAAACCACCUUUGCCUAGGUUGUGAUGCAAACCAACCCCCGUGAUCGUUCCUGUAAUAGUUUUGUUAGUUGUGUAGUACUAAUAGCUCACGGGCCACGGUGAGAUUCUCUACAUCAUGUCAUUAAUUUAUAUUAACAAUAAAUUUAAAUUCAGCAA